AGCUUCCCGUUUCCCCCAAUUUACGAACGCGACUUCUUUCCACUUUCUAGACUUAUUCCACUCUUUAAUCCACCACAACAUCGACCUUCUUCCCGUCCACGACUCCUUUCUCUUCUGACCAACGCAAAUUCGCCUUCCUUAUCCUCCCAACAUACAACACAAUAAUUCACAAUGGCCGACCAAUUGCAAGAGAUCCUCGACGUGCCCCGCGAGUUCCUCAAGGACGGUAUCCAGUUCAUCAAGAAGUGCCAGAAGCCUGAUCGCCGCGAGUUCAUCAAGAUCUCCCAGGCUGUUGGUACUGGUUUCUUGAUCAUGGGUGCUGUCGGCUACCUUGUCAAGCUCAUCCACAUUCCCCUCAACCAGGUCCUCGUUGGCGGCGCGUAAGCACUCCACGUAUUUCGACGAAAAGGAGCAGAAACGCGGACGAAGUUUUCACCAAGAAUCGAGGGACAAGAUACCCAUGAAUGCUUUUUUCACGACAUGGACGGACGACGGAGAUCCAAACACACAGAAGGAUGAGACCUUGAAGGGCUGGGUCAAAAGAACAAC